AUAAAAACCCUUGCUUAAACCCCUUCCAAGCAAAGCUAGCUCACUCUUGACUGAGAAAUUGAUAUCUGGGCAAGGCGCCAUGGACUCCGACUGCGCUAUUCUCCAAAGCAUCCGUCGAUUUCUUCUCGAAGACGAUGCCGACUUCCCCGAGAAUUUUUCGGCGGGCAGUACCAGCGACACUCCGAUGGGUUUGCUCGGCUUCGGCGGUACCAAUGCAGCUCCGACAUUGGAGAGCUCUGACUCCAACGCAUGGGGUUCUGUCAAUUCGGAGGCGAGUUUUCGGUUAGAGAAUGUCGAACCGGCGGCGACAUUGUGCCCGGCGCGUGGUUCUCCCUCGCCGUCAGAGAGGAGGCGGUACAGGGGAGUGAGGAUGAGGCCCUGGGGGACUUACGCGGCUGAGAUAAGGGAUCCGGCGAAGAACGGCGACAGAGUGUGGCUGGGAACUUACCGGACGGCGGAGGACGCCGCCGUGGCCUACGACCGUGCCGCUUUCAGAAUUCGAGGUUCACGCGCUUUGCUCAAUUUCCCGCUCCUGAUCGGCUCCUCCGACGUACCGGAGCCGGUGAGGCUGACUCCGAAGCGCCGGUCGCCGGAUUUUUCAUUGUCGCCGUCAUCGUCUUCUUCGUCAUCGUCGUCGUCUGCGUCUUCUUGGGGUAAUGGUUCUCCAAAGCAGAGGAAGGUGGGAGUCGCAGCGUCAUCAAUGGAGUUGAGUAGUGUUAGUAUUGAUUGUAAUGAAAUCAAAUUUACUGCUAUGUAAGUUUCGUUAAUGGAGGUUUAGGUGAUUUGGUCCUUAGUCCUACUGUAAAUAUUUAGCCUUUCUAAUGAAAUAUUUCAUUUUCUA